CUUAGUUUUCCAAGAAAAUAAAAAUUAAUUCUACUUCCUUUGGCUUCGUCGCGUCUCUUUGAUCGGCGAUUCGGGAGAAUUUUUCUUUAGUCUCCAUGGACGAGGAGAGCGCUAAGGCUAAGCUUUUAUCUAUAGCGAAUGAACUUGGACAUGAAAUCCGUGUUUUCACAAACACAGCAACGUCUGGAUCAUCCAAUGAAGUAUCUGCUCCUCCCGAUGAUGAGCCUGAUGAUUUUUACGAUUUCACCCCUGAAGAUUAUUACCGUAUCAUAUCUGAUAAACUUGGAGCCCAAUCUCAUAUUCUCAAGACCCGUAAAAUCCGGGAAGCAGAGGCAGCAGCUCGUAAAGCAAGAGUAACUAAGGCUGUGAUCAGGUUACAAUUUCCAGACAACUACAUUCUCGAGGCCAAAUUUCAACCAUCAGAGAAAAUUCAAAGUUUAGUGGAUCUUCUCAUGAAAGUGCUUGCCCAACCAGAUCUGCCAUUCUACUUGUAUACCACUCCGCCUAAGGAAAAAAUCAAAGAUUUUUUGAAGGAUUUUUACUCAGCCGGUUUUGCUCCUGGAGCUAUAGUGUACUUCUCAUAUGAUCUUCCCAAAGAUUCAGAGUUGAGCGCAGUUGCUAGUGCUGGGCAUUAUCUUCGUCCAGAUAUAUUGUCCUUGAAUGGAUUAGACUUUCCUCGCGAGGAAACUGAACCUAUGAAUUCUGACCGUAGAAUUUCCAUAGCGGAGGCUUCCCAUGAUGCUUCAGAGUCAGAGCAGCCUGCCAAGAAGAAGCCAACUAAACCAAAGUGGCUCAAAUUGUGAAGGUAGGAGUUACUGAGCUAUUUUAAAAGAUUUUCAUAUCUGAUAUACUAUUUGUAAAUAUAGAUGAUAUUUUUAUUGAGUAGACUAGCCUUGCAUGACGAAGAUGUGAAAUAAUUCAUAAACCUAAUUUGGCCAUCCUAAUACACUCAUGGCUUAUUCAAUCUUAAAGAGAAGUUUAAUUGUAUUUGAUUUGAUUUCAUAUGACCUUAUUGUAUAAAAAAAAG